GAACCAGAUUUAGCAACAACAGCGAUAAAUACGCAAGUAGGGAGAUGAGGAGUGCUAAAAUACUGAGACACGGAUCUCUGAUGAGUGUUUAUAGGGAUGUGGUUCAACAAGGGAAAGACGCACGACUCAGUCAAAUAAGCGUUAAUGGACUGCACAGUCUGCAUGUAAAUUAGCUCUGAGGUUAGGCCUCCCCCCACCACGGACAUGCUGUGAUGAUGAUGGAUCUGUGUUUGCCAAAUGCCAUUAAGCUCUGAAGAAGAAGAGAGGUGCUGUUUGAUGAAGCGGACUUAAGUUAAAGGAGAGACGCAAACUAAAGUAUUGAUACCAUCACGUUAAUGUGCAUCUGAUACCAUCGUCUGUAUCACUUGUAUCGAUCUGACAUGCUGUCAACAUGUGGUGAUGUGUAAGAGCUGACAGGCUCCAUUCACAUGUUGAGAUCAGAGCUCAGAUUAGUUUCAGUUAUAAGGAAGAGAAACUCACACAGUCACUGACACUGAGAGAAGAAAUGGCACAGAAAGGAGUUCAGCUGGACCGAGAAACCUUCUCUUGUUCCAUCUGUUUGGAUCUACUGAAGGAUCCGGUGACCAUUAUCUGUGGACACAGCUACUGCAGGAACUGUAUUCAAACCCACUUUGAUGAAGAGGACAGGAAGGGAAUCCACAGCUGCCCUCAGUGCAGGAAGACUUUCACACCGAGACCUGUCCUGGAGAAAAACAUCAUGUUAGCAGCUUUAGUGGAGCAGCUGAAGAAGACUGGACUCAAAGCUGCUCCAGCUGAUCACUGCUAUGCUGGACCUGAAGAUGUGGCCUGUGAUGUCUGCACUGGGAGGAAGCGGAAAGCCAUCAAGUCCUGUUUAUCUUGUCCAGCCUCUUACUGUGAGAAACAUCUCCAACCUCACUAUGAUGCAGCUCCAUUAAAGAAACACAAGCUGGUGGCCCCCUCCAAGAAGCUCCAGGAGAACAUCUGCUCUCGUCAUGAUGAGGUGAUGAAGAUUUUCUGUCGUACUGAUCAGCAGAGUAUCUGUUAUCUCUGCUUGAUGGAUGAACAUAAAGGCCAUGAAACAGUCCCAGCUGCAGCAGAAAGGACUGAGAAGCAGAAGGAGCUCGAGGUGAGACGACUAAACAUCCAGCAGAGAAUCCAGGAGCGAGAGAAAGAUGUGAAGCUGCUUCAACAGGAGGUGGAGGCCAUCAAUGGCUGUGCUGAUAAAGCAGUGGAGGACAGUGAGAAGAUGUUCACUGAGCUGAUCUGUCUCAUCCAGAAAAGAAGCUCUGAUGUGAAGCAGCAGGUCAGAUCCCAGCAGGAAACUGAAGUGAGUCGAGUCAAAGAGCUUCAGGAGAAGCUGGAGCAGGAGAUCUCUGAGCUGAAGAGGAAAGACGGCGAGCUGGAGCAGCUCUCACACACAGAGGAUCACAACCAGUUUCUACACAACUACCCCUCACUGUCAGCACUCAGUGAGUCUACACACUCAUCCAGCAUCAAUAUUCAUCCUCUGAGCUACUUUGAGGACGUGAGAGCAGCUGUGUCAGAGACCAGAGAUAAACUACAGGACAUUCUGAGAGAGGAAUGGACAAACAUCUCAAUGACAGUCACUGAAGAGGAUGUUUUACUGUCACCACCAGAGCCAAAGACCAGAGCUGAAUUCUUAAAAUACGCAUGUAAAAUCACACUGGAUCCAAACACAGCACACAGACAUCUGUUAUUAUCUGAGGGGAACAGAAAAGCAAUAUUUAUGAAACAACAACAGCCUUAUCCUGAUCAUCCAGACAGAUUCACUGGAUGUUAUCAGGUCCUGAGUAGAGAGAGUCUGACUGGACGUUGUUACUGGGAGGUGGACUGGGGUAUGGGAGCAGUUUGUAUAGCAGUCGCAUACAAGAAUAUCAGCAGAGUAGGGAGAGUGAAUGAAUGUUUCUUUGGACGCAAUGACAAAUCUUGGGCAUUAUAUUGGUACACAGACAAUAAUAAAUUUCGCCACAACAAUGUCCAAACUCACCUCUCAGGUCCUCAUUUCUCCAUAAUAGGAGUGUACCUGGAUCACAGAGCAGGUAUUCUGUCUUUCUACGGUGUCUCUGAAACCAUGACUCUCCUCCACAGAGUCCAGACCACAUUCACUCAGCCGCUCUAUGCUGGACUUUUUCUUUAUGGACUUCCAAUCACUGCAGAGUUGAUUAAAGUCAAAUAGACAAAGAAGAUCGAUUCAUGUUGAUCCCUGACCAUUAUAUGUACUUGUGUAGUUUCUAAAUGAGGCUUUACAUUUUCAAGUUCAGUGGUCCAUUGAUGUGAAAAUAAUAUUACACUGAUUCAAACUUUUGUUACGACUGUUGUCGUAAUUUUAAUAUUUAAAUCUGAGUGUGCAGGUGCCUCUCCAUGAUUGGUGCAUCCAGUGGGACGUUUCGUACCGAUUGGCUAAUGACCAGGAGGCCGCAUAUAAGAAGCCCCCUGGACAGCCAGUCAUUCAUCCUCGGCCCAUCCCAACCGGCAGACUGUGUGUUCACUGUAUGGCAAUGUUUGUUUAAUCCAAGAGCAUCAACGGGAGGACCGCCUUUUUGUUUGAUGACAGUUUUCUCCUGUUUUUGUUAGUUAGGGAGGCAAGUCGUUGUGGUUUGGUUUAAUUCUUUUGAAUAGGUAAGUUUGAUUUAUCCCUGAGAUAGGCUCCCUUCUGUUUGUUAUUUUGUCCAUAGGUUCACCACGAAGUUAUAAUAAUCUCCCUUCUUUUGUUUCUAAAUUCACUCAUUGUAAAUAAAUCACUGUCAAAAAGUA